GCCCUUUCCUUUUUUCUUUUCUCCAUUUUAGUUCCCAUUAAUAAAAUGAAAAGCAAAUCAUAGUCAAAAGAAAAAAAAUGGAGCUUUAAUGGUGAGGGGAAUGGAUGGCGUUAGCAGCAGAAACUUUAAAAAAUCAGAUCAGGAAACUCCCAACUCCCCACCUCUCCUUCUUCUCUGUAGCUUUCUACUAAUAGUAAUCGAACAAUUUUCUACGUGUUCUUUAAUGGCGUUUGGUCGUUGUUGCAGUUGCAUCAACCUUUUCUAAACCCCACCAAUCUUCACUAUAUAUACCCCUUUUGAACAUAACAAAGAAUACCCAAGCUUCUUCUCAAAAAACCCAAUCUUUGUUUGUGAAGAAAUAUUCCAAAAAAGAGUCCCCAUCUUUUUUGAAUCACCCAUCGCCAUGAAUGGUGAAGAGAACAAUAGGGUUCAGAUCCGGCAACGUACUAGAUUGCCUGAUUUCUUACAAAGUGUUAACUUGAAGUAUGUUAAACUCGGUUACCAUUAUUUAAUAAGUCAUCUUUUGACUCUUUGUUUGAUCCCUUUAAUGUCUGUUAUUGUUGUUGAAGCAUCAAGGUUGAGUCUUGAUGAUGUUCAUCAAUUAUGGCUUCAACUUCAGUACAACCUCGUUAGUUUCAUUGUGUUUUCGGUUGUUCUUGUGUUUGGAUCCACUGUUUAUAUCAUGACCCGGCCAAGAUCCGUUUACUUGUUGGAUUAUUCAUGUUAUCUUCCUCCAUCACAUUUGAAAGUCAAAUACCAACAGUUCAUGGAACAUUCAAAGCUAACAGGUGAUUUUGAUGAAUCUUCGUUGGAGUUUCAACGCAAGAUAUUGGAAAGAUCAGGGCUUGGUGAAGAAACAUGUGUGCCUGAAGCAAUGCAUUACCUUCCACCAAGACCAUCAAUGGCGGCUGCAAGAGAAGAAGCAGAACAGGUGAUGUUUGGUGCAUUAGAUAAGCUUUUUGCUAAUACUAAUGUUAAACCAAGAGACAUUGGUAUACUUGUUGUUAAUUGUAGCUUGUUUAAUCCAACACCAUCAUUGUCUGCUAUGAUCAUUAAUAAAUAUAAGUUAAGGGGUAAUAUUAGAAGCUUUAAUCUUGGGGGUAUGGGAUGUAGUGCCGGUGUUAUAGCCAUUGAUCUUGCUAAAGACAUGUUACAAGUUCAUAGGAAUAGUUAUGCUGUUGUGGUUAGUACUGAAAACAUUACACAAAAUUGGUAUUUUGGGAACAAGAAAUCGAUGUUGAUCCCGAAUUGUUUGUUCCGCGUCGGGGGUGCCGCGGUUCUGCUAUCAAAUCGGUCUGUUGAUCGGAGGCGGAGUAAGUAUAAGCUUGUUCAUGUGGUUAGGACACAUUGUGGGGCAAAUGACAAGGCAUUCAAGUGUGUUUACCAAGAACAGGAUGAUAAUGGUAAAACAGGUGUUUCGUUGUCUAAAGAUUUAAUGGCAAUUGCUGGUGGUGCACUCAAGACCAAUAUCACAACAAUGGGUCCCCUUGUUCUUCCUAUAAGUGAACAAAUCUUGUUCUUUGUAACAUUAGUUGCCAAGAAAUUGUUCAAUGCGAAAAUCAAGCCUUAUAUCCCGGAUUUCAAGCUCGCGUUCGAUCAUUUCUGUAUUCAUGCCGGUGGGAGGGCCGUAAUUGAUGAGCUUGAGAAGAAUUUGCAGCUUCUUCCGGUACAUGCUGAGGCUUCCCGUAUGACUCUUCACCGAUUCGGCAACACUUCUUCGAGUUCGAUCUGGUAUGAACUUGCCUAUACAGAAGCAAAAGGCCGGAUGCGGAAGGGAAACCGUGUUUGGCAGAUUGCAUUCGGGAGUGGUUUCAAGUGUAACAGCACGGUUUGGGUUGCACUCCGGAAUGUGAAGCCAUCUCCUAAUAAUCCAUGGGAAGAUUGCAUUCAUAGGUACCCAGUGCAGCUCAAUCUGUAGCUCUAAUCAGUGUGUUCAUUUUCUCGAUGGCUUGAGUGUUAUCUUGUUUUUAAGUUCGGUCCCGAUAUAACACGGUGAUCGUUUAGUCUCUUGAAGGGGGGGGGGGGUUAAUGUGCUUAUUGUUGAAUGUUAUGAAUGUAGUAGUGCUUGAUCAUCUUCUUGUACCUGGAAUGAUUUAUACAUAUGGUGAAUACAAUGUUUGUACUUAAA